AUGUCAUGGGCUGAAUAUUGGUACAACACCAAUUUCCACAGUUCCAUAGGAACCACACCUUUUGAGGUGGUGUAUGGACGGCCUCCACCAGUCAUUACCAGAUUCCUUCCAAGGGAGACAUGUGUUGAAGCCGUGCAGCGUGAGCUGUUAGACCGUGAUGAGGCACUAAGUCAGCGGAAGCAACAUCUGCUUCGAUCAUGGAGAAAAAGUUUCAGCAUAGGAGUAUGGGUGUUCCUUAAGUUGAAGCCUCAUAGGCAACAGACCUUGAAGUCUGAGAUUUGUCCUAAGCUUGCUCCUAAGUACUAUUGUCCUUUCCAAAUUACGGGGAGACUAGGGGCUGCGGCUUAUAGACUUCAACUUCCUCCGGAGUCACGUAUACAUCCUGUAUUCCACGUGUCACUAAAACGUUGUUGGGACUUCGAUAUUGAGAAAACUUUGCCUCCCGGACUGGAUUUGGAGAUUGUUCGAGAUGUUGUACCUGCUGCAGUGUUGGCUACACUCUGUUGGAACUGGCUCUGGGCAAAAUCUGAUUUCUGUAUUUUCCUUUCGUUUGCCAUUCACUAA